AUGUCUUACUUCGCCCCAUCAUCAUCAUCAUCAUCAUCAUCAUCAUCAUCAUCAUCAUCAUCAUCAUCAUCAUCAUCAUCAUCAUCAUCAUCAUCAUCAUCAUCAUCAUCAUCAUCAUCAUCAUCAUCAUCAUCAUCAUCAUCAUCAUCAUCAUCAUCAUCAUCAUCAUCAUCAUCAUCAUCAUCAUCAUCAUCAUCAUCAUCAUCAUCAUCAUCAUCAUCAUCAUCAUCAUCAUCAUCAUCAUCAUCAUCAUCAUCAUCAUCAUCAUCAUCAUCAUCAUCAUUAUUAUUAUUAUUAUUAUUAUUAUUAUUAUUAUUAUUAUUAUUAUUAUUAUUAUUUAACCUGUAUUAUUUCUAA